AUGAGCGCGUCAAGGUUCAUAAAGUGCGUUACUGUCGGAGAUGGUGCUGUCGGAAAAACCUGCAUGCUAAUCUCUUACACUAGCAACACUUUCCCCACUGAUUAUGUGCCAACAGUUUUCGACAACUUUAGUGCUAAUGUGGUUGUAGAUGGCAACACCGUCAAUCUUGGCUUGUGGGACACUGCUGGUCAAGAAGACUACAACAGGUUAAGACCUCUGAGUUACCGUGGAGCUGAUGUUUUCAUUCUUGCCUUCUCCCUCAUCAGCAAAGCUAGCUAUGAGAAUAUCUCUAAGAAGUGGAUUCCUGAGCUCAGGCAUUAUGCUCCUGGUGUUCCCAUUAUCCUCGUUGGCACAAAACUUGGUAACAAGACUCUUUCCCUAACUGAUCUGACCAUCUUCUUCUUAACUUUUUAUUACAAAGUUUUGUAUGAUCAUGUGGUGUUUGUAGACCUUCGAGAUGACAAGCAAUUCUUCAUAGAUCAUCCUGGUGCUGUACCAAUAACUACAAACCAGGGAGAGGAACUGAAAAAACUGAUUGGGUCUGCUGUCUAUAUUGAAUGUAGUUCUAAGACACAACAGAAUGUGAAGGCAGUGUUUGAUGCAGCCAUAAAAGUGGUGCUUCAACCACCAAAGCAGAGGAAGAAGAAAAAAAACAAGAACCGUUGCGCCUUCUUGUGAUUAAAAAGAAAAUCUCUAGGUAACCAACUAAAAAGAAGAAUGAUGAUUUCAACUAUUUGAUUCCUCCCCCAUUUUAAUAUAAUGAUCAUUCCGAUUUCCGACAAUGAAGGGAGACAUUUGGAGUAGUUUUUUGUAUGUAUAGUUGCUUAAAACAAGUUGUGUUGUUUGUGUCUUUUACUCUCUUUGCUGGUGAAUCGUUUGUGUUCUACUCUUUGCUAUGUAGUCUAAUCUCUAUCUCUCUUCUCUUUCAUUCUUGAUGGGGAUCAUUAUGUAUUUGACAUAUGAAUCUAAUUAAUAUUGCUAUCUUUUAC